AUGCGCCCCAGGGCAGCACCCACCUGCCCCCAUCCCACUCUGCAGGGCCCCAGUGCGGCGGAGGAGUCCGAGGAGGGGAACACGUAUGAAGCACCCCCCUGUGAGAGCCAGGCCUGGAAGGUGGCUCCAGCCAAGAGGCAGGAGGAUGCGGACGGCACUUACCUCGAUCACGCCACUGCCCGGCGCUGCUCAGAGCCCUUCGCCCUCCUGCCAGCCAAGUUCCUGUCAAAGCUCAGCCUGGUGCCUGGCACAGACGCUGGCAAUGGAGAGGAGACGCCCCAGGGCCUGGCCUGCAGGAAAGCAUCCACGGAUCCCGGACCGACCUCGUCGGACGACAAGGAGGGACCACCAGAGGAGGAGAUUUACCUGGUGUGUGAGCCACCGAGCCCACCUCACUGCAGGACGACUCACGCCCUGAGGCCCCAGCUUGGCCAGGUGCCUCCCCCAUGGCUUCCAAAGCUGUCCAAGCCGAAGAUAGCCCUGCCUGGGGCCCACCACAGCCUGGCUGAUUCCUCCCCCGAAGCCUCGAGCAAAACCCCAGCCUGGCCCAGAGGCAGUGGCUCUCUGGUGGAGGAUCCUGGCAUGCAGGACCAGGCCUGGUAUGCAGGGAGCUGUGACCGGCACAUGGCAGAGAGCGUCCUGCAGGGGCUCAAUAAGGACAGCGCGUUCAUGGUGCGCCAGAGCUCAGGGCAGGGCUGGAACCAGCCAUUCACCUUGGCUGUGCUGUACAAGGGCCACGUCUACAACAUCCCCAUCCGCUACGUGGAGAGCAGCCGCCAGUAUGCGCUGGGCAAGGACGGGAAGAGCCACGAAGAGCGGUUCGACAGCGUGGCCAGCAUCAUCCAGCACUACCGCGAGCACCCCUUGGUGCUGAUCGAGGGCAGCUCCGCCUCCAGGGCGCACACCUGCCUGCUCUUCCCCGUCAAGCCCUGAGGGCCAGGGACAGGCUGGGGGCCUGGCUGCGGCCACCCUCCAGUUCUGCCCUGUGGGACGCGAGGCUCUCUGCACUGGCUGCUCUGGGGCAGACAGCAGGGGGCACCAGCGCUGCAGGGAGUCCUCCAUUCUGGGUGUGCAGCCCCCGUGGGGGACAGGGCUUGGGGGGCUGG